GUAUUUAUAUAUAUCAAAAUUGGGAAAUCAAGAAUCUACAAUAUUAUAUACUAUAUACUGGACUGUUCCUGUUUCUUGGAGUGCAGCAAAGCAGAGGGAUAGAGACUGUGUGAAGAUUCAGAGUUGAGAAAAUGGUGAAGAAUGGAAAGCUGGGGGCUUGUUGGUCUUAUGUGUAUGCUGUACAGUGUAAAGAAUGCCUCAAGUGGAGGCGGAUUCCAACACAAGAAGUGUUUGAGGGGAUUCGAGCUAAUGCCACAAAAGAUCCAUUUGUGUGCAACAAGAAGUUAGAGGUAACAUGUGAUGAUCCUGCUGAUAUCGAAUACGAUUCAUCGCGAACUUGGGUCAUUGAUAAACCAGAUGUUCCCAAGACUCCUCCAGGUUUUAUCCGUGAGGUAAUCCUCAGGAAGGAUUUCUCAAAAAUGGAUGCUCACUACAUCACACCUGAGGGUAAGAGGCUGAGAUCUUCAGUUGAAGCCGCUACGUUCCUUGAAGAACAUCCGGAGUACAACCAAACAAUUUCCAUUGCAGAUUUUAGCUUCAUAACUCCAAAGGUGAUGAGUGAAACUAUACCGAAGGAUUAUGUAAGGAAGCUGGGUAUUGAAAAGAAGAUUGUCAAACAAAAUGGGAAGAAAUUAUUCGGAUCAGCAUGAGCUAGAUGAUGUUCUAGAUUUGACCGUUCUAUGCUAGUUUGUCGAUGGGUCUGUACUUGCGCUGUCCACCUAAACAAACAACUUGGUACUUUGUUAGCUUCUCGUAGUGUUUUAUUAUAUUUUGCCCUCCGUAGUUAUGCAUGCAUAUGUUAACUUUUUGUUUGCUUUAUGAAGAGUACAUUGCUUUAUUUCUGUGGCAUUAUGAAAUAUAAAACAUAUGUUAGGAAUGGUA